GAGGCUAAAAGCCUUGAAGCAAACGACGACUCUACUUUAGUUUACAAUCAAGAAAGUCGUUGUUUUAAAGGGACCGUCAAUAAAAAACUUGGAUCGCCUUCUCAGGCUGUUGAUUUUCAUUAUGUAGCUCUUUCUCUCGAGAAUACACUUCUAAAAGAUGAUAAACUUAUACAUACACCUUCACAGAAAGACUUUAUCGACGCUGCCACGGAGAUUCAGCUGAGGAUUUCAGGAUGUGAACUCAUACAAAUCUGUGGAAGAUUACUGAAGUUACCUCAAGUGGCCGUGGCUACUGCGCAGAUUUUGUUUCAACGUUUUUAUUAUAAAAAGUCCUUUGUCCAUUAUGAUUUUCAUUACACUGCUUUGGGUUGUAUCUUGUUAGCAGCGAAAAUUGAAGAAUGUCCCGUUCACUGUCGCCCUAUUAUUAAUGUUUAUAAUUAUGUUAAGCAAAAAAGAGAGAAGGGCGCUUCACAAGAAGCUGAAGAGGAGGAUGUUGUUUUUGACAGUCUAUAUUCUGAAGCUUAUUUAAAUGCUAAAAAUAACGUUAUCAAAGCGGAGCGAAGAGUAUUGAAGGAACUCGGCUUCAGCGUCCAUGUUCAGCAUCCUCACAAGUUGCUGAUUAACUACUUGAUGACGUUUUCAUUAUUUGAGAAUCGCGCGCUCGCUCAGAAGGCGUGGAAUUUUAUGAACGAUUCAUUAAGAACUAAUAUAUUCCAAAGAUUUUCACCGAAUGUUAUCGCUGCCAGCAUCAUAUUUUUAUCUACCAGAGUAAUGAACAUUAGUUUACCUGAAGACAAUGAAAUUCGAUGGUGGGACGUUUUUGAAGCGGAUUAUGCUGCUCUUCACAAAUGUGCUAAAGCAAUUCUUCAUUUAUACCAACUUCCUCGAGUUUCGUGGGCCGCGCUGGACGAGGCGCUUAAUCGGGCCAAACAACUCGUGACUCAGCGACUUUUGCAAAAUAAGCAAAAUAAUGCAGAAGUCGUUCCGGUGGAAACUGCCCAUCGCACUGAAUCUUUUGGGAAUUCAAAAAUUCUCGAAGAAAAUGUUUCUCAUUCAAAUUCUAAACACAAAAACAAUAAGGAUUUUGAUCCGCGUCAUUUUCGUUCUUUAUCGAGAAGAGCUACGUCUCCCCACCCUUCGAGGCGGGUCAAGCGUAGAGCUAGUGAAGAGCGACUGAAAUCAAAGGAGAGAGAGCGGUAUCGCGAACGUCAUCGAGAAAGAGAAGGAGAACGAGAGCGAAGGAGACCGAAAGAAAGAGAGCGGAAAAGAAAAAAAAGAUGACCAUUUAUAAAAUUGCGAGAGUGUAAGGGAAGGGCGUUCAUAAUGAUUGUUUAAUUCAUAUGGAAAAAAAGACUUUAAAAUUAAGGAUUUAUUUAUUAUAUAUGGA